GAGGGGGAAGAUGGUCAGAUACGGCUGUGUCCAGUGGGUUUGUGUCCUGAGCCUCCCUUGCUGCUGUGAGAUCCCUGCUGGCGUUUACUCCCUGUAUAAACCAGUUCAGAUUUAUGUUUUCCUUGAACACUUCCUCUUCGAUCCCAGUAAUAUGUUACACAUUUAAUCGCUCUUCUUUUGAAUUUUCGGGUCCUCCUUUGGUACCCUCACAACAUCAGUAUCUUGUUAUCUUGUUGUUGCUUCUAAUUGCUAACACAUGCCAGCUUUCCAGCGCCACAAACUCUGGCGCUGGGGCUUGGAGGGGAGUUUUACAGCGAAGAUUUAUGUGCAUGGGGGAAACCUUCACAGGAUUAAUUCCCUCCUUUAGCCAACAGCUCAUCCAGAUUUCAAAAUCGAGGGCUAAGAUGAAGGCUGGGUUGCACCCAGCGCUGUGUAAAGGCAGAGUGGGUUUGGGGAUGACCCGUGCUGAUGAAACCCUCCUUUCCUCUCGCUGUUAUUGCCGGCCAUAAACAAAUCCCUUGUAUUUAACAAGUUAAUGUCAGGCGGGCUGCGAGGCGCUGGUAGGUGUGUGCUUGGUGACAUCAGCUGGCGAGCAGCCUGGCAGCAGCGGCGCAGGCAGGGAGCAGGCAGAGAGCCCAGGGUGUGUGCCUCUAAGCUGGGUAUUCUGGCAAGGUGGAGAGCUGGUCUGUUUGGCAGGACCUUCCCAUCUGGGAUCCAUCUGUGUUUCCCUGGAAUCGGACAGGCGGCUCCAGGCAGUGAGAAAUCGCAGAUGUGCGGGACCUGACACAUGUCCAGCUAAUGAAAGGAGAAGGCAGGCUGGGCUCCGGCUGCGCUCGAAGAUCACGAGUGGAGGAGGAGGAGGAGGAGGAAGAGCCCUUUUGCUUUAUAUUUCAAAGAAAAUAGGUGUAUCCACCAGCAGCUGGAUCCUUGCAGCCUCGCUGUGUAGGUUGCCGGUGAGAAGAGGGUGCCAGUGAUGCCCGGAUCGCCCGUGGAAGUGAAGAUACAGUCCAGGUCCUCUCCUCCCAACAUGCCACCGCUGCCCCCCGUGAACCCCGGCGGCCCCCGGCCCAUGUCCUUCACGCCAACUGCACUGCCCAACGGAAUAAACCAUUCCCCACCGACCCUGAACGGGGCUCCAUCCCCACCCCAGAGGUUUAGCAACGGUCCUUCCUCCUCCUCCUCCUCCUCGCUGACGAACCAGCAGCUCCCAGCCACGUGUGGUGCCCGGCAGCUCAGCAAGCUGAAGCGCUUCCUCACUACCCUGCAGCAGUUUGGCAAUGACAUCUCACCAGAGAUCGGGGAGAAGGUCCGGACCCUGGUCCUGGCGCUGGUGAACUCAACAGUGACAAUCGAGGAAUUUCACUGCAAGCUGCAAGAGGCGACCAACUUCCCCCUCCGGCCCUUUGUGAUCCCCUUUCUGAAGGCCAACCUCCCGCUGCUGCAGAGAGAGCUGCUGCACUGCGCCCGCGCUGCCAAGCAGACGCCCUCCCAGUACCUGGCGCAGCACGAGCACAUCCUGCUGAACACAAACACCACGUCCCCCGCUGACUCCUCCGAGCUGCUCAUCGAGGUGAACGGGAAUGGGAAGAGGCACAGUCCAGACAGAAGGGACGACAGCAGCUUUGAGAGGGACCCGCUGCCGACAGACCCCCCGGCCAAGCGGGUGUGCACCAUCAGCCCUGCGCCCCGGCACAGCCCGGCCCUCACCAUCCCCCUGAUGAACCCCGGGGGGCAGUUCCACCCCACCCCGCCGCCCCUCCAGCACUACACCUUGGAAGACAUCGCAACCUCCCACCUCUACAGGGACCCCAGCAAGAUGUUGGAGCACAGAGAGAUCCGGGACAGGCACGGCGCUCUGGGUUUGAAUGGAGGAUACCAGGAUGAGCUGGUGGACCACCGCUUGACAGAGAGAGAGUGGGCUGAUGAGUGGAAGCAUCUUGAUCACGCACUGAACUGCAUCAUGGAGAUGGUGGAGAAGACGCGGCGCUCCAUGGCCGUGCUGCGGCGCUGCCAGGAGGCCGACCGGGAGGAGCUCAACUACUGGAAGAGGCGGUGCAGCGAGGCCGAGCCGCGCAAGGCGGGCAGCGACCUGCUCCCCAGGCAGCACAGCCCCAGCAGCUCCGACUCCAUCGGCAGUGCAGAUUCCUUGCGGGAGUUCAGCAGCAGGUCGGGAACGGGCUACGUCACUGAGGAGAUCUGGAAAAAAGCUGAAGAAGCCGUGAACGAGGUGAAGCGCCAGGCCAUGUCCGAGGUGCAGAAGGCAGUGGCAGAGGCCGAGCAGAAGGCGUUUGAGAUGAUCGCCUCCGAGAGGGCGCGCAUGGAGCAGACCAUCGCGGACGCCAAGCGCCAGGCCACCGAGGAUGCUUUCCUAGUGAUAAAUGAGCAGGAGGAGUCUACGGAGAGCUGCUGGAACUGCGGUCGCAAAGCCAGCGAGACCUGCAGCGGCUGCAACAUCGCCCGCUACUGCGGCUCCUUCUGCCAGCACAAGGACUGGGAGAGGCACCACCGCAUCUGCGGGCAGAGCCUGCACGGCCAGAGCAAGCCCCUGGCUCUGCCCACGGGCCGCUCCGCAGCCAAGAGCCUCGACGGCGUUCCCAGCCCAGCCCUCGAGAAGACCUCGGCAACCACGUCCCGCUCCUCCACCCCCGCAUCCGUGACAGCCAUAGACACGAACGGGCUCUGAAGGGGAAGUUUGGGUUCGCUCCCAUUGAGUGGUUUCCCUUGGGGGGGGUUUGAGCCAGAAAACGCCCCACAGCGCCUCGUACCCCGUGACACAUCUGACACAUGGCGCCGCCUCCUCGCAGCGCCGACGCUCGGGCUUUGCCAUCGCAUUCUGCCUUUUCCUGCCGUGGCUCAUCGAGAACCUUGCCCACAGCACCUCGGUGCCCGUCUCCCUGCAGGGAGAACCAGAGCAUCCUUCAGCACUGGAGGACACUGGACGCUCACUCGGGGGGACCUGGGCUCGGUGGGGAGCUGCUGGCGCACGCAGGAGAUGCUGAGCAUGGGGUGAACAAUGGGAGCUCCAUCCUCAUGGGCCAGAUGUGCUCAAGCUCCUUCCUCAGCUUCCUUUCUUCCACAGCAUGGACCCGUGCUCCCCUGGCGCCCAGGCACGGUGUCUCAGGUGGCCGGGGGUUGCUGUGAACAGGCCGGAGCUGAUUCCCCAGCAGGAGCAUCUCGUCCUCUAGUGCAAUGGCAAAAGCUGAGCUGGCUCCUCCUCUGCCUGCAGGCUGGCAGCUGGUGGUUGCAGAGGGGGAGGAGGGGAUUCAUCUGCUCUAAACCAAAUGUCAGUACCAGGGAGCUGUGGGCAGUCACUUCUGGACGGUUUUAAUCCCAUUUGGUGAUGGGAUGGACGGUUCUGUGUCACCCUGGUGGGACCUUUGCUGGGAGGAGAGCGUGCAGACCAAACCUGGCUUGGUUGCAGGCAGUUACUGCCCUUCCCACCGGGGUGCUGUUACUUUGCUAUGCAGAAAGCUUUUGUGUUUCUCACUGCAUGGAAGUUGUUGGUUUGGGAGUUUCUGCCGUGGUUUUGAACCAGAGAUCCUCACAGGACUGUUACUGUGCUCUCUGCACGCCUUGGCCAAACUAAACACAGGACUUGGUGUCCUCCUGCAUCGGUUCUUCCCCCAGCCCUGUGGUGCUGCUCUGACACCGGCUGCACUCCUCUCCUCAUCCCCAUGGAUGUGCCACCACUGCCUUGUCCACCAUCCGAGCAUCCCAAACAUGCAGAGUGAGAUCCCGCAAGGAUGCUAUGGCCGGCCUGGGAAGAUUCAUUGCUUAGGAUGUGUAUGGAGGGAUUCGGGGCACUGCAGACAUCACAGUGGGGCUGUUUGGGGGCACAGUGGGGCUCAUCUCAUGGUUCAUGGACGUCCUGAUGGGCUCUGCCCCACUCUCCCACCCUGCACCCCAAGGGGCUCUGGAGAACCAUCAGUUCAGCAGAGCCGUGUUCCCAUGGCUGCUCCUGGGUUGGAGCCCAAUGAGGCGAGUAAUUCCCAAGUUAGUUUGGAUCAGUUCAGUUGGAGGUGACUGAUGGAGAUGGGAUGGAUCACCUGGAGCGUGCUGUGGUGGGGCUGGCUGCCCAGGGAUGAACGAGUGCCCUACUGAACCCUCCUGUCCCUGAGGAAAGCUGUUCGGAAGCUGCUGUCAUGGGAUAGAGCUGGGCAAUUCCUGUGCCUGUGAGGUCUUACCAUGCAGAAGAACCCCAGAGUCUUUGCCUGGUGUUGAAGACAGCUCUGGUGGCAGCUGGGAGCAUCACCCAUGGCCCCAGCAGUGCCCUUUGCACCAACACAGCUGCUGGGGGC